ACGCCCGGCCACGCCGUUUGUUGCGGCGGCGUGCAGCAUCAACGGCAUGACGUUGCGCACGUGGAUCGACGAGCAGGUGUGCCGGCUGAUGCCCGAGCGGAGCGACAAGGGCUUCUACACAGUGUCGCGCUCGGCGCCGGCGGCCGCGCCUCCGGGCCCGGUGGUGCUGAUGACCUGGGGCCGACCUGAGGACGAGCCGCGGCCGCGCCGACUCUACAUGGCCGCUCACAGCGACCCGCCGGCGCCCGAGCCCAAGCCGCGCCGCCUCGGCUGCUGCCAGAUCGCGGCCGCCGUCAUCGCCCUGCUCGCCUUCUACGUGCUGCUGCUGAUGGGCAUCCUCUACGCCACGGGCUCGGUGGACGCCCUGGUGGCCGGGUCGGAGGGGCGUCAGCGCGUGGACGCGGCGUGCGCCGGCGUGCGGCCCUACCUCGCCGCGUUCGUGCACUCGGCGCCGACGCACGGGCUGCAUCGCGCCGUGGUGCGGCGCACGUGGGGCUCUGUGCGCGACGUGGACGGCGCCGCCGUGCGCGUGGUGUUCGUGGUGGGCCGCGCGACUGGUGCCGGCGCCGAGGCCCUGCAGGCCGACCUGGACGCGGAGGCGCGCCGCCACGGCGACCUGGUGCAGGCCGACUUCGUCGACACCUACCGCAACCUGACGGUCAAGCACCUGGUCAGCUUGCGCUGGAUGCUGACACACUGCGGGCAAGCGCGCUUCAUCGUGAAGGCCGAUGAUGACGCGUACCUGGACGUGUUCCAGCUGGUGCGGUUCAUGCGGCGCACGCACGGCGACGCGGCACCCGGCGCGCUCGUCUGCAACGUGCUUCCGGCCGGCACGCCCGUGCAGCGCGCCGGAAAGUGGGCCGUCACGCCGGACGAGUUCGCCGCCGCCGGCUACCCGCGCUUCUGCGGCGGCCUCCUGUACCUGGCUGGCCCCGAGACGGUGGCGCGCCUGUACCGCGCCGCGCGCCGCGACCCCCACCCGCUCUGGGUGGACGACGCGUUCGUCACCGGCCUGGCGGCCGAGCGCGCCGGCGUCGAGCACUUCUACAUGAACUUGCGCUACACGUACGACCUGGACGAGCUGCGGCACUGGGCGGCGAGCCGUCAGCCGCGGCCGCUGCCCUACAUGGUGGGCCACAUGGAUGCGGAGGCGGGCGGCUGGGCGGCGCUGGCCGACCGGCUCUGGCAGAAGACGCUGCUGACGAGCCAGUCGGCGUGACGGCGUCGUCACGGGACGCCGGACGACCCGUCACGGACGACCCGGGUGGCGGGAGCUGCCCUGGACAUGAGCCGCUCUGGGCAUUGCACUGAUCGUGACAGCGCAGCAUACCCGAGACACUGAAGGUCGGGAUGGCGAGCCCCUGCUGCUCUUGGGUCGUUGGGGUUGGUGAGGUACGUGACCUAGGAUCUCAAGCGGCACAUGUAGUCAUGUUACGAGUGUGCUCUUGACACCGGCGUUUGUGUGCGUGCGCAAGUCGAGUGCUUUAACCAAUGCUGCUGGCUAACGACGACAUCGGUGCGGCGCGCGUCGGCAGAGCCAAAAGCGUUGGUGAUGCUUACCACGCUAGUGUUAGUAUUGGUGAUGCUUACCGCGCCAGUGUGAGUGUUGGUGAUGCUUACCGCGCUAGUGUGAGUGAUUGUGACGCUUACCACGCCGGUGUGAGUGACGAUGAUGCUUACUACGAAAGUGCGAGUGAUGGUGAUGCCUACUACACAAGUGUGAGUAAUGGUUGAGCUGACCAGAAGAUGGCUGUAUGGCCACAGAUCAACCGGGAUGGAAGACUAUAUGGCCACGGAUGAUCCGGGAUGGACUAGCGUAAAGCGCCAGUCAUAGUCAGAGCUCGAACGGGGUCCGAUGCUGUUUACGUGAUAGCCGCACGAUCUUGUAUCGUUUCCGUGUUAGUUCGUCCAGGUGGCUCGAUGUACCGCCAUUGUACCCACGUCUAUAAGGUGCAAAUUAGCUAUCCGUGUAGCAAUAAGCAAAACCCGUCAGGUAACUGUGCCUGCUAAUAACACAUGAUACUUAGAAUUAGGUUGCACCAUUUAAGUGUGUUACUUGCAUCAUAAUCACCGAGUGCGAAUAUCACGAAUUUACAUCUGAAGUGUUGUAAUACAACAUCA